CACCACAUGGACCGGUCUCCCCGGAAGAAGCUCCGUCACUGACAAGACCCAUAAGGAGCCCCCUGCACAGCCCGGGAAGGAUACAAUCCAGGACCAGUGGCCUGUGAAACUUGCAUGUAAAGUCUGAACCAGCCUCAUACGGGAUCAAAGCCAUCAUCACCAUGGACUUCGUUAUGAAGCAAGCUCUGGGAGGGGCCACCAAGGACAUGGGGAAGAUGCUCGGUGGAGAUGAAGAGAAAGACCCUGAUGCAGCCAAGAAAGAGGAGGAGCGCCAGGAAGCCCUUCGGCAGGAAGAGGAGGAGAGAAAAGCCAAGUAUGCCAAGAUGGAAGCCGAGCGUGAGGUCAUGAGACAAGGGAUCCGUGAUAAGUAUGGAAUCAAGAAGAAGGAGGAACGUGAGGCGGAGGCCCAGGCCGCGAUGGAAGCUAACUCUGAAGGCAGCCUUACCCGUCCUAAGAAGGCCAUUCCGCCAGGUUGUGGCGAUGAAGAAGAGGAGGAGGAAGAAAGCAUCCUGGAUACCGUCAUCAAAUACCUCCCUGGACCUCUCCAGGAUAUGUUCAAGAAGUAA